GGUUUAUGAGGCAUCAACUUCUUGUUCUUGUUCUGCGAAAAGAGAAAACAGAAUCAGCAAGUUGAAAUAUUGGCCAAUAUCCUGGAAAAAGGACGGAGGUAGGAUGGGCUUGAUGGGGCGCAUCAAAGAUCACACAUUCUUUGCGUUGCACUGCCCAUCAAGCAACCCCAAAAUGAAAAAGUUCAGGCAGAUGGAAAUUGUCGGUAUAUAAGAUACUUUGGUUUCAGCAUUAAUUUUUGGGAGCCAUCCACCAUCUGCAGAACAACCUUUGGUCGAUUUUCUCCCGGUUAAACGCUGAACGGAAGCGCCUCCAAGAAAAGAGUUCGUUUCUACCCCUGUCUUAUGUGAGAUAGCAGCAGCAACACGGUUGUUUUAUCGGUGUUGUACCAGGCAGAAGAUUGAGCGAGGUGAAAGGCUUGUAUCGGGCAGAAGAUUUGCAGUUUCGCUCAAUUUGAUGUUGGACUGAUACUAUAGAGAGGAGGAGUGGAGUAAAGGGAGGCGGACUUUGAGAGAGCAGAUAAGGUCUCUCUCAGAAACGGUGACGAGGCGGAAAUUCAAGAAGCCAUCCUUUUUUCCAUAUCAUCUGGCAGCCUUCUUUCUCCACAUCUGUUGCCGCCACCAGUGCCUAUGAUAGAUCUACGUGACCGCCUAGGUGGUUUGGCUUCUCAAAAUGAAGGAGAGUCUCGAAUGAAGGAGGUUUCGAGGUCAAUCUUGAGCCUAUGAUAAAUCUACGUGACCGUCUAGGUGGUUUGGCUUCUCAAAAUGAAAGAGGGUCUCGAAUGAAAGAGGUUUCGAGGUCAAUCUUGAGCCUAUAAAUCUUUCAGUACAGGGCAGAAACAAGAGAAGAUUUUCUAGUGGGGGAAGGAAGGAGCGUCCACUAUCAAAAGCGUUUCACCUAAAGAGGACUAGGACACGGAUCUCGUGCGAACUGUUCCGGGACCAUCUGGGGUUGCUAAUUCCUAACAACUGCUGCAAUGUCGUCGAUUCUUAUGUUUUCAUCUCUUUCUAAUACCUUUUGCUCGCAUCCCAAAGCAUUGCAUCUGGCUCGAUGCAGUUCCACUUCAAAAGAUCAUCGCGUCAGUUUUAAAUCUCUGUUAAAGAAUCCGUUGUUAAGGCAUGUAAAUGCUUCUAGACGUAUUUCACAAGCAAGGCACUUGCACCAUUGUCCACUUCCCAGAGCUGGGGGGUCCAGCGAUGGAAAUGCUGAACUACUUUCAGAUUCAGAGCAGCCAUCUGUAGAUGGAAACGAGCCAACUAGGCCGGCUGCUGAGGGUGCAACUUUGGACUUGAAACUGCCAAGGAGGAGCCUUCUUGUACAAUUUACUUGUAACGCAUGUGGUGACAGGACACGACGAUUUGUAAAUAGAGUGGCUUAUGAAAGGGGCACUAUUUUUUUGCAGUGUGCAGGAUGCCAACAGUACCAUAAAUUCGUUGACAAUCUUGGUCUUGUGGUUGAAUAUGACUUCAGAAAGGAAGAAGAUAUUGACAUAGACAAGAUUGAUGUCCAACACUUUUAGAGUAUUGCUCUGAGAUACACAUAAUAUUUGUUUGAAAGCAAGAAAUAUGUGAAUCUGAUAUAAUGGUUUCUGGAAGUUGCUGAAAUUGCAUCGUUCUGCCACCAAAGUCUGUGUGUCCAAACUGCGCACUUUUAGCUAUCAGAAAAAUAUAAAUGCCAAGUAGGUAACUAUGAGAAAGUGUUGAACUGGGUUUGCUGGUUAUAUGUUCAAUUAGAAAAAAUGUAUUUUGCUUAA